GUUCCUGACACAGUGUCACCGGCUUUGAGGGCAGCGGCCUGCUUGCUCAGGAACUCGCCCAGCCGCCGCGAUCUCACAGCCGCCGCUGCCGCCCGGGACGAUGACGCCGCGCCUGCUGCUGCGCGCCUGGCCCCGCGGCCUCGCGCUUGUCCCGGGAGCCCCUAGUCGGCCCUCCAGUACAGGCUCGGGACCCGAUGAGUACCUGCAGCACAGCAUCGUGCCCACCAUGCACUACCAGGACAGCCUGCCCAGGUUGCCUAUCCCCAAACUAGAAGACACCAUGAGGAGGUACCUCAGUGCGCAGAAGCCUCUCUUGGAUGACAACCACUUCAGGAAAACGGAAGAGCUGUGUAAGAGUUUCGAGAGCGGCGUGGGGAGGGAACUGCACGCCCACCUGCUUGCCCAGGAUAAGCAGAACAAGCACACCAGCUACAUCUCAGGCCCCUGGUUUGAUAUGUACUUAACUGCUCGGGACUCUGUUGUUUUGAACUUUAACCCCUUCAUAGCAUUCAAUCCGGACCCCAAGCCUGAGUACAAUGACCAGCUCACUCGGGCGACCAACAUGACCGUGUCUGCAGUCCGGUUUCUGAAGACACUUCGGGCUGGCCUUCUAGAGCCGGAAGUGUUCCACUUGAACCCCGCCAAAAGUGACACAGAUGCCUUCAAGAGGCUCAUCCGCUUUGUCCCUUCGUCCCUGUCCUGGUACGGAGCCUACCUGGUCAAUGCAUACCCCCUGGAUAUGUCCCAGUAUUUUCGGCUUUUCAACUCGACCCGUUUACCCAAACCCAGUCGCGAUGAGCUCUUUACUGAUGCCAAGGCCAGACACCUCCUGGUCCUAAGAAAAGGGCAUUUCUAUGUCUUCGAUGUCCUCGACCAGGAUGGGAACAUUGUGAACCCCUCAGAGAUUCAGGCGCACCUGAAGUUCAUUCUCUCUGACAACAGCCCUGUGCCCGAGUUUCCCCUGGCGUAUCUGAGCAGUGAGAACCGAGACAUCUGGGCAGAGCUCAGGCAGAAGCUGGUGCAAGGCGGCAAUGAGGACACCCUGAGGAAGGUGGACUCUGCCGUCUUCUGCCUCUGCCUAGAUGACUUCCCGGUGAAAGACCUCAUCCACUUGUCGCACGCCAUGUUGCACGGUGAUGGCACAAACCGCUGGUUUGACAAGUCCUUUAACCUCAUCGUAGCCAGGGAUGGCACUGCCGCCGUCAACUUUGAGCAUGCGUGGGGAGAUGGCGUAGCAGUGCUUCGGUUCUUCAACGAAGUGUUCAAAGACAGCACUCAGACCCCUGCCGUCACCCCCCAGAGCCGGCCAGCCGCCACGGACUCUUCUGCGACUGUGCAGAAACUCAGCUUUAAACUGAGCGACGCCUUAAAGGCUGGCAUCACCACCGCCAAGGAAAAGUUUGAUGCCGCCAUGAAGACCCUCACCAUUGACUCCAUUCAGUUUGAGAGAGGUGGCAAGGAGUUCUUGAAGAAGCAGAAGCUGAGCCCCGAUGCCGUGGCCCAGCUGGCCUUCCAGAUGGCCUUCCUGAGACAGUACGGCCAGACAGUGGCCACCUACGAGUCCUGCAGCACGGCAGCCUUCAAGCACGGCCGCACAGAGACGAUCCGCCCAGCCUCCAUCUUCACUAAGAGAUGCUCCGAGGCAUUUGUCAGGGAGCCCUCCCAGCACAGCGUGGGCGAGCUUCAGCACAUGAUGGCCGAGUGCUCCAAAUACCAUGGCCAGCUGACCAAGGAGGCAGCGAUGGGUCAGGGCUUUGACCGACACUUGUUUGCUCUACGGUAUCUGGCAACGGCCAGGGGAAUCACCCUCCCGGAGCUGUACCUGGACCCCGCAUACCAGCAGAUAAACCACAACAUCCUGUCCACGAGCACUCUGAGCAGCCCGGCAGUGAGGGUUGGCGGCUUUGCCCCCGUGGUCCCUGAUGGCUUUGGCAUCGCAUAUGCCGUCCACGAUGACUGGAUAGGCUGCAAUGUCUCCUCCUACUCAGGGCGCAACGCCCGGGAGUUUCUCCGCUGUGUUCACAAGGGCCUAGAAGACAUGUUUGAUGCCUUAGAAGGCAAAGCCAUCAAAAGCUAGCUUCUCGCUGGGUGAAACGCCUCCGUUCUUCCUCAUCAUGAACAUGGGUGUCCGGGCAGCCGGUAGCUGUACUAUCUGUGCCUAACAAAACUAGUUCCGAGGUGCUUGAACAGCCGUGCUGCGGGUGUGCGUAGGCUGGGAGAUCCCAGCUGGCGGUAAGGAGAGAGGUGAAAAGCCCUUUGUCCAGGAGAUAUGGUUUGAAAAAUCUAACUCAGGUGUAUUUAUUGUUUAAACAGAAAUAAAACUCAGUUGUUGCUUAGA